AGAUGUUUUCUCCCAGAUGUCAGAUUCCAAUGGCUUAAUGAUAUUUAGCAAGUUUGACCAGUUUCUGAAGGAAGUUCUGAAGCUCCCAACAGCUGUCUUUGAAGGGCCAUCUUUUGGUUACACAGAGCACUCAGUCCGCACCUGUUUUCCACAGCAGAAAAAGAUAAUGCUAAAUAUGUUUUUAGACACAAUGAUGGCCGAUCCUCCUCCCCAGUGCCUUGUCUGGCUACCUCUCAUGCAUAGGCUCGCCCAUGUUGAGAAUGUCUUCCACCCGGUGGAGUGCUCCUACUGCCGCUGCGAGAGCAUGAUGGGCUUCCGGUACCGGUGCCAGCAGUGCCACAACUACCAGCUCUGCCAAAACUGCUUUUGGCGCGGCCAUGCCAGUGGCCCUCACAGCAACCAGCACCAGAUGAAGGAGCACUCGUCCUGGAAAUCCCCUGCAAAGAAGCUGAGCCAUGCAAUUAGUAAAUCUCUGGGGUGUGUACCCACCAGAGAACCCCCGCAUCCUGUUUUUCCUGAGCAACCAGAGAAACCACUUGACCUUGCAAAUAUAGUUCCACCUCGGCCGCUGGCUAAUAUGAAUGACACCAUGGUGAGCCACACGUCCUCCGGAGCACCCACUCCCACCAAGAGGUUACAGUAUAGCCAGGAUAUACGCAGUCACUUGGCCGAUGAGCAUGCGCUGAUAGCCUCCUAUGUGGCCCGUCUGCAACACUGUGCACGUGUCCUGGAUAGUCCAAGCCGACUGGAUGAGGAACACCGACUUAUAGCUCGCUAUGCUGCCCGGCUGGCUGCAGAAGCAGGAAACAUGACCCGUCCUCCCACUGACUUGAGCUUUAACUUUGAUGCCAACAAACAACAAAGACAGCUUAUUGCAGAACUAGAAAACAAAAACAGGGAGAUCCUGCAAGAGAUCCAGCGUCUCCGUCUGGAGCAUGAGCAGGCUUCCCAGCCCACCCCCGAGAAGGCGCAGCAGAACCCCACAUUGCUGGCAGAGCUGCGGCUGCUGAGGCAGAGGAAAGACGAGCUGGAGCAGAGAAUGUCGGCACUGCAGGAGAGCAGGCGCGAGCUGAUGGUUCAGCUGGAGGGGCUGAUGAAGCUGCUGAAGGCUCAGGCCACAGGGUCACCACAUACAUCGCCCACUCACGGAGGCGGCCGCCCAAUGCCCAUGCCUGUCCGCUCCAUGUCUGCUGGCUCCACCCCCACCCACUGCCCACAGGACCCACUGAGCGGAGUCGGGGGAGACAUGCAGGAGGCGUUUGCACAAGGUACGAGGAGAAACCUCCGCAAUGACCUGCUGGUGGCCGCUGACUCCAUCACCAACACCAUGUCAUCCCUGGUGAAGGAGCUCCACUCAGGUUAGCAGAGGAGCUGGGACAGAGGGAGCGCAGGGGACAUGCAGCAAGCUGGCGUUGACAUGAGGAAGGCGAGGCCCUCCCCCAGAGGCGCAUUCCAGUCCAUCUUUCCGCUGCACACCUGGACCAGGCUUGUGGGCUGCCAGAGGUCACUACCUGGCAGGGAGAGGGGAGCCCGAGCCGGUGGGAAGUGGGAGGGGCUGCCCGCUGCCGCCGCCGGUGGGCCUCCCCCUUGCGCAGUCCUGCAUGAACUAGCAUCUUCAUCACUCCCCUCGGGCCACGGUCUCAUCUCUGCAACAGGAAUUUACCGGGAGGUUGAAAAGAGAAAAGAAACAGCACGAAUCUCC